AUGCUAGAGUCUCGGUUAUCUCACUCCAUGAGGGCCGCAUGCACCGUAGCUCAACUCCUCAGCGCUUCUGCUACACCAACACACACCCCCCGCAAUGGCGUGACAUCUGGACCAGGAUGCAGAUCCGGAUCAGCAGCACUGGGAUGAUCCGAGUCACCCAGGUGAACAGCGAGGAGGAGCUGGAGAAGUUCAGCAUGUGGAACAUUGUUGCCUCCUUCCUGAAGGAGAAGCUGAACGACACCAGUAUCGAUGUGGAUCUCUACAGCAAGAAAACCUGUCUCAAGGUUGAGCCGCUGGAUACUGGCACCGAGUACUACGUCCUCCUCUUCCGACGCUUUGACCCUAAGCUGUUCCUGAUUUUCUUUCUGGGCCUGUUUUUGUUCUUCUGUGGGGACAUGCUGAGCAGGAGCCAAAUCUUCUACUACUCAGCCGGGAUUAGUUUUGGCUUGCUGACCUCGCUGCUCAUCCUCAUCUACAUGACGUCCAAGGUCAUGCCCAAGAAAAAUCCUGUUUACUUCCUGCUGGUAGGAGGGUGGUCCUUUUCCCUGUACCUGCUUCAGCUGAUCUUCAAGAACCUACGGGAGAUCUGCAAGUCCUACUGGCAGUACCUCCUAGGCUACCUGCUGGUCAUGGGCUUCGUGAGCUUCGGCGUGUGCUACAAGUACGGCCCACUGGAGAACAAGCGCAGCAUCAACCUCCUCUCCUGGACCCUGCAGCUCCUGGGCCUGUUGAUGAUGUACUCGGGCAUCCAGAUCCAUCUCAUCGCCUCAGUCUUGGUGGUCAUCGCCAUCUGCACCAAGAACCUAGACUACCCCAUACAGUGGGCCUUUGCUGCCUACAGGAGAGCGCAGAGUGCCAGGCUCAGGCCGAGCCCCCCUCGCCUGCUGACAGAGGAGGAGUACCGGGUCCAGGGUGAGGUAGAGACACGCAAGGCCCUUGAAGAGCUUCGAAGCUACUGCAGAAGCCCAGAUUUCCCUGCCUGGACUGUGGUCUCCCGCAUCCAGUCUCCCAAGAGGUUUGCUGAUUUUGUGGGUGGCGCCUGUCACAUCACCCCUGAUGAAGCCUCUGUCCAUGAGCGAGAGUAUGGCCUGGGUGGCAUCUUCUUUGAGGAGCAGCCCUUCGAGGAGGACGAUGAUGAUGACUGUUUUGACAGGAAUCAUGCGAGUUACUCCAACAACUAUUUUGGAUGCUGA